CUCUCUCUCUCUCUCUCUCUCUACCCCCCACUAUACAAAUCAAACAGAGGCAAGCUCAAGCACACAGGAAGCAAACCUCCACCUCAAAAUCACUCAAAAGAGAUACGCACUUCCUCAAAUGAGAGAAGCAAGAAGAAGAAGAGCUAAACCCAGCUCUCUCUUCUCCUCAUCCCAACCCUAAACAAGAGAACCCAUUAUCAAUCAACAAUGGUAGCUCUCUUUGACCCUCUCUUUUGCCCGGAAGACCCGUUUCUCGAAGAAGAGGUCUUCGAACCAAAUAAUGGCGAAAAAAUCCAUCUUUUUGAACCCAACUCAGAGUUCCUCGCUUCUCUAAUCUCCAGCGAGCAGAGAACCCACAACUUUACUCUCAGCGACGACCCGUACCUCCUCUCAGCGAGAGGGGAAGCAGUUCAGUGGAUCAAAACCGCGAGCGCUCGAUUUGGGUUCAAUGCUCUGACAGUGAUCUUGGCGGUGAACUACCUCGAUCGCUGUUUCCUGUGCUCCGCUGGGCUACGAUUGCAGCAGGACAAGCCGUGGAUGAAGCAGCUCUCCGCGGUAGCGUGCCUCUCUCUUGCUGCUAAAGUUGAGGAGACACGUGUCCCGUUUUUGUUGGAUCUUCAGAUUCCGCCGGCGGAGGAAGUUAUUACUGGCUUCGUGUUUGAGUCAAAGACUGUUAGGAGAAUGGAGUUGCUGGUGCUCUCUACUCUUGGUUGGAGGAUGAAUCCGGUCACCGCCCUCUCUUUCAUACAGUGCAUGUUGCCGAACUUGAAGAAGACUUGUGGUUAUAAUGCGGUAGGGAUUUUGAGGAGCUGUGAGCUUGUUUUGCUCUCAGUUUUAUCAGAUUGGAGAUGGGUUCAGUUCCCUCCCUCUGUUUGGGCUGCAGCUUCAAUGAUGCAAGCAUUGGGGCUUCAUUUGGACUCGGUGCAGCACAUUAUGGACUUGCUUCAAGUCUCUAAGGAGAGAGUUGAGGAGUGCCAUAAGCUAAUUGUUGAGCUAGUGGAAGUUGGCAAAAAGAGGAAGAGUUGUUAUUUAGACCCACCAAGCCCAAAUGAAGUUAUUGGGUCUUGUUUCAGCUAUGAGAGCUCAUCAAGCUUGGAUUCAUGGCCAAUUUCCCCUGAGCACAAAAAGCCCAACUGCUCCAUUAUCUAGAGUAAUUUUCGUCAAAUUAGUAUAUUAAUCAAAAAAUGAGGAUUGGGUUCUUUCUCUUGCUGAGCUCUAAGGGAGCAAAUUUUGCUGGGUGUAUGUAUUGGGCAAUGAGGAGAGAGAGAGUAGCUAGAGAGGGGAUAUCCUUUUCAUUUUCUAUAUUUUUUUUGUAUUUUGUUUUUAUUUGAGUAAUGGGGCAAAGCAGGCUAGUUUCUUCCACUGUUAAAAAUAAUUAUUUAUAUAUGAGUAUGUGUGAGGUCCUAGCAGCUGCAA